AUGGCAUAUGCUCGGCACCAGAGGUGUUUCAUAAAAAAAAUAUACGAAAAUUUUGAUGACUUAGAUGGAGUUUGUACUUACGACGACUUAUUAAUAUACGGUAGCAGCAAAAAAGAACAUGAUGAAAGAUUAAAAUUAGUAUUGGACAGGUGCAGGAAAGUCAACCUCAAAUUAAAUAAAAAUAAGUGCAAAUUUGGGUUAGAAGAAAUCAGGUAUUUGGGACACAGGAUUACAAAGAAGGGACUUUAUCCGGAUAACUCGCACAUUACAGCAAUUACGAACAUGCCUAAACCUAGAAAUAAAAAGGAUGUAGAGCGAUUACUAGGACUAAUUACUUACGUGGGUGCUUUUAUACCAAAUUUAUCUGAUAAGACAUUGUUGUUGAGAGAGUUGUUAAAAAAAGAAACGGAAUGGCACUGGGAUGAACGACAUGACGAGUGUUUAAAAGUUAUAAAACAGUGUUUAUCAAAACCACCAGUGUUAAGAUAUUACGACUUAGACCUCCCUAUUACUAUCUCAGUAGAUGCGAACAAAAGCGGCUUAGGUGCCUGUCUAAUGCAAAAUGGAAUGCCAGGUUGUUAUGCGUCUAAGUCAUUGUCAAAAGCAGAACAGCGAUAUGCUCAGAUAGAGAAGGAGUUACACGCUUGCGUUUUUGCUUGUGAGAGGUUUCAUGCGUACAUUUACGGAAGAACAGAUGUCGUGAUCGAAACUGAUCACAAGCCACUCGUUAGCAUUAUAAAGAAACCAAUAGUGGACUCACCAUCGCGCCUACAACGGAUGUUAUUGAAAUAA